ACACGCAUUUCAUUAUCAGUGACGAAUGACACUCGGACGACACUGACGUAAAUUCUUGGGAAACAACGAUUUGACUUUCUAAUCAGGCACUUGUGUGGGUGAGAGAAGGAUCUCAAGUCUGUCUUAAAGUGUUUCUCCACCCGCGCCUUUUCGGUAAGAAAAACACUCAUUCACAAGCACGUCAUAUUUAGCCGACUUCUUCAAGCUCCGUUGAAAUGGAUUAAAAGGAGUCAUACGUUCAUCGUAGAAAUCAUUCAAAAUCGUUUAUUGACGUUUGCUGUCUUUUCACGCCACUGGAAAUUAGUUUCAGGUCUUCUCUUCAUUCAUUGAGAAUAUGACGAUGUCUUGCUGACUAUCAAUGCGUAAUGUGGAUUAUCUAUUUAUUCAUUCAUCAGAUAGCACAAUUUGAUAAAAUUUUAGACACCGGAAAUUUUGAUUGUCACGGUCCUGAUAAAGAGAGUGGAUUCCAAAUGUUGCUAUUUUUAUGGUAGAAGAAAGUGAGCUGGAAUUUAAUAAACAUCAGACUGACUAUUCCACGAGGUUAAUGUGAUAUUCUCUUUAAAUCUUGGAUUUCGUUUCUGUCCAUAUUGUUUAGCAGUGACUUCAUUUCACAAUAUGGCGGCCGUUGCCUGCAAUAGCCUCGCGGGACAACUAGCCCUUAGCUAUUCUCAACCACUUCUGAAAUCACCCUACUAUCCAGAUAUCUACACUGUCAAAGAGGAGUUAGAUACUAACUCUAACCAUGUAGCGAAGAAAAACGAUGUGUUUAAGCAGAAAAGUGCAUCACUUCACCGCGGCACCGUUCGCUUUGUUCAGCUAGCCUCCUCAGAUUUAUCGACAACCAGCGACCUGUCGAACUCGAAGGACUCGGGGAUUGGGUCGAGCGACGACAACAACAGUCAGGGUGAGACAACGAUCACCAGGGACGACCACCGACCCGAGAACGAUGCGGAGGAUGAUGUGGAGCGUGUCAAAUUCAUGGAGACAGCGCGGGAAUUUACGAAUGCCAAUGUUGAGGAGAUGACAUGGAAAGAGAGAGGGGAUAGAAUGGACAACUGCUUAGGUUGGCUACGAGAAGAAAUCACCAAAAUGAAGAAACAAGAUCAGAGCCUGAUGCGGCAAUUCAUGGAACUUCGUUCGACCAUUCACCAGCUCAAGCAAUCAAGUACCCAACAAAGUCUAAGAGCAACUUAUCUACGCAACCAAGCAUCGUGCGCAAAUCUUGGGGCAUCUGACCAAUCAGCGCGCAGUAACACAACUUCCCGCCAAUCAAAUUCGCACAUGCGAAGCAAUCUCCGCCCCCUCGGCGCAACCAGCCAAUCAUCGACGAGUGGUAACCUGUCAUCCAUGCAGUUUCAUUCACGCGGGAAUCUCAAUCACACGCACUCCACCAUGGACGCGAAUCCAAAAAUGGCACAGAGCCUUGCGCAUCUGGAGGACACAAGUUUCGACAUGGACAGUUAUUUUGGUGAUGUCGAUUUUGAGCACGAUUCUUUCUACGACGAUGACGACUCCGAUGCCUUUAUCGAUCAACCGGAUGGUAUGCCACCCGGUCACAUCUCUGCGCUAUCGGAUCAACCAUACAUGCCGCAGUAUCGUACACGGACUGUUUCAUUGGUGACACCGCAUUACAUUGGCCGUCCGAGCGCGUCCGGCUACCUUGCAAGAUCGAGAUAUAUGUCAUUUUCAAACGCCAAAGGAAGAGUGGAAAGUGAGAGAGCAAUUUUAGAAUGAAACAUGGAACUGUGCCCUGAAAAAAGACUUGUGAAUAUUUGUUAAUGAUGUAUUAGCUUUUUGAUGAAUAUCGGAGUAGCAAUAAAGUUAGCAUUUAUCAGCUCAUUAAUUAUAUAGGUGAAAUAUUUCUCGAUUUUCUUGAGAAUUUUAUGGAUUAGGCUUAAUUACAGCAUGUAUUGCCAUUUUUUGUUUAAACAAGAAUUAUGUCACACAUUCAAUAUCACUCCAUUAAUGUAACCCCCCCAUAAAAACCCCUAUUAAUAUACAAUGUCUAAUUAUCUUUGGUUGACAUAAGUUGCAAAAUAGGUAGUUGACUUUUCAUAUGAAUCCAAUGUUUACGUAAAAACUGAAAUAUCAUGAAAAUGCGACUUGACUUAAAUGUUUCUAAUCGUCUUGGGAAUACAGUCUCUUUAUGUAUUUUCUAUAAUAUGGUAAAUAUGGUUAUAUAUACAAGGCAUGGAUCAAUUUUUGACACACUUUUCACAACUGAAAUAUAGCACAAGCCUCUCACGAACCAAGAGUCAUUUCCUUGCUCUUAGCAUGCUUGGGUUCCACUUUCAUACCAGGAAUAGAUCUUAUAACGUACAACUAUCUUUUUGCCAGUCUGUGCAAUUAAUCUUGAUAUCGAAGAACUUCAGCUUUUGGUAUCGGAAUGAAAAACAAUAUCCAUUUUUUUCGGGGAAAAAGUGUAAUGUUUUAUUUUUUAAACAUUAGUAUUCUUGAUAUUCUCGCACGGGAUGCUUUACAUUUCAUUUCAAUGUAUACUGCCUGAUGUAUAUGUAUAUGUAGAUAUCCUAUGUAGAAUAAGAAUCGGUGUAUAGGAAUCUAUAUCAUAUGUUGAUACUGGUUUUAACGGGUAUUUCAACACAGUGGCUGUUAUGUUAUCUUGACCUACCAUAGUCAUCCUCCAAUCGGCAUAUUGUCAGAUCUGACAACUUCCCAUGUUUCUGAUGUGCUGAGAGGUACUGUUACUAUGGUAACUGUCAGAUAAAACAGGACUUGUCGGAUAAAAUGUCCGACUUUCAUGAAACGCUCCCAGAUGAUGUGUUGACUCAUCUUUGUCGUCUGAUCGAAUGAGAGUUUGAGGAAACAGUAUCAAGAAAUCUCAGAUAAAUAUAUUUAUUUACAAGGAAUUUAAUGAUUUAUACAGAUGCAUACGAACCAUUAGAAUGAAAUAUAUAUUGUUCAAUAAAAAUGACUUA